AUGCCUCCUAAAACAACAAAGGAUCAAAAGGGUCGAUAAUUAUUUAGAGUUGGCACACCAUUAAAGGAUGUGAUACCAUAAAGUGUUAAGAAUCCACCUAGAGAUCCUAAACCGCUUAAAGCACCAGAAUAAAUUAACAAAUAGAGUAUGCAAGGUAAAUAUAAUUGUUCAAUAUGAAAGAAUAUCAUCCAUUUCCUGACCCUGAGGAUUGGCCAGGUGAUGAAGUUGUUUAAGCCUUAAAUCUUCUAUAGGGUGAGGCUUAACUUACAAAGUGCAAUUUUGAAACUGACAAAUAUGUUCCAUUUUGGAGAAGACCUAAGAAUUUUUUAAGAUAAAGAUGGCAAUAGUAAAUAUAUAAUUUAUGUUAGAGAAUCUGAACAUGAACCACCUUAUAUGGAAAUGAGAGAAAAUAGAUAUAAUAUGAAUGAUGAUUAUUAUUCGACUAGACUUGAAACAAUUGAAAAAAUACAUUUUAAGGAAAAGGAAGUUGAACAUCAAUUGACUAUUUGUGAGAGUUAUGAAAGAAUGGAAACACCUGAAGAAGUAGAAUUAAGAAGAAAAGAAUUUUUAGAAAAAUAAGCAGCUUAAUAAAAAAAUAAAAAGGGUAAUAAAAAACAAGCAGAGGAAGUAUUUGAUGAAAAUCCAAAGAUGACAUCUGAUGUUAGAUUAAGUGAUUUAAUUUGUAAUGAUACAUUACCACCUAAUUCUCGUUGGAUUGCAUCAUAAUUAUAAUAGAUUAAGGAUAGAGAUAUUAAAGAUUGUUUUACUCAAAAAUCAUUAUCAAGCAAGAUAUAUCCAUAAAAAGAUGGAGCACCAAUAUAUAAUCCAAAUGGUAAAUAUAUAGUCAAAUUAUAUUUUAUGGGAAAGGAGAGAAAAAUAUAAGUUUCUGAUCAUAUGCCAACAACAUUUGAUGGUAAACCAUUAUUGCCUCAAAGUGUUGAUAAAAAUCAAUUAUGGCCUAUGAUUAUAAGUAAAGCAAUAUUAUAAUUAUGGGAUUAUCAAAGUAAAGGUAGUUUAGUUGGAGAUGGAUUUGUAAUGUAUUCUUUAAUGGGAUUAUUAACUGAAACUAUUGAUUUGAAAACUAUUAGUGGUUGGGGUGUAAUUGACAAUAUGAUGAAUAAUAAUCAUUAUGUCUAAAAAGAUGUUUUUGUAUCUACAUAUAGUUAUAAAAAUCAAUCUAAUUUAAAUACAAAUAAUAGAUCUAAGAAAGAAUAUCUAUUAGAAUUAUUAAGAAAUCCAAAAAAAGAAUAUGAUAAUUAUGAAAUUGCUAGAAAUAAAAAUAGUUCUCCUUCAUAACAUUAAUAAAUUUAAUAAGAAGAAUAAGAUGAAUAAUAAGAAGAAAUGGAAUAAGAUGAAGGUGAACAAUAAAUUCAAAGAUUUAGAAAAAGUCAAAGAGGAUUCUCAUAUGAAAGUUUGAGUAGAUCUUAUUCUAUUCCUCGACCAUCAAUACCACCAGGUAACACAAAUCUUAAUACUUGUUUUUCAUAUUCAAUUGUAGAAUAAUUUUAGAAUGAGAAUGGGUUUAAUAUGGUUUAUGCAUAAAAAAGGAGUGAUAGAGAAUUAAGAUUGAGAUAAGAAUAUUUUGAUUUAUGCAAAACACCAAUGAAUAAAAUGACAAAAGAAGAAAAAUUAGAAUUAAGAAGAAGAAAAAAAGAAAUUAAAGAAAAAUUACAAGAUGAUGAUAAAAAAAGGAUUUCUUUAAUUAGUUAAUAACCAGUUAAACAUAGAUACUUAAGAUUAAAGAGUGAUGUUUAAGGUAAGGAUCCAGUAAUUGUUUUCAGUCCACUUGCAGCUGAUGAAAUAUAUAUUGCUAAAAAAUGUAUAGCUAAUAAAUUGAAUAAACCUCCAAAUUAUGAUAUCCCAGAAAUUAAAGGAGAUGAUAAAUCUGUUGUUUCAGCCAAUAUGAAGAAUACUGAUGAUAGUUUUACAGUGAAACCUUUAGAAGAUUUUUCUUCUGUUAAUAAUGCAUAAGAACCAUUUAAUAGAGGAGAAGGAGGGUUUUGGGUACAUGAAAAAGAAUUUUUAAGUCUUUUUGAUUACAUUUAAAUAGCUUAUGAUCCGAAGAGAUAUAAUUUACAAAUUUUGUAAAUUCAAAGCAAUCCAGAUAAUGAUAUUGCUAGUUAUGAUAAUAUUGAAAUGAUUAUUGUUUAAAGAGAUCCAGAUUCUGAUGAUAAUGCUUAAGUUGCAUUUCUUUAUGGAUUUUAACCAAAAUAUUCUUAAGAUAAAGAUCUUAAUGAAUAAAUUAGACCAUAUUCUAUGUUAUAACGAUUUGAUUUAGAAACAUAUGAGUCAAUUUUGGAUUACAAAUUAUUAAAUUAAUGUGUUAGUUCAUAAAUGCUAUUAUUAGAUAAUAAAAAUCAUAUAUUCAAAAUGAAUAUAUAUUCACCACUCAAUUUCACUAUAUGGUUUGCAUCUAAUAAUAAAAUCAAUACUUAAAGUGUAUUCGAUUAUUUAAUUGAUUAUGAAAAUUAUCAGAAACAAUCCUUCUAAAUAGAUUAUCCAUCAUGUGAAGCCAAUAGAUACUAUGUGUAUUUUAGAUUCAAAGUUUUCUUGAAUUCUAACAAAGAAAAUGGAUCAUUUGUUUAUAGAUUGAAAAGUACAACAGAUAAUUAAUUAUUAAAAUUCCUUAAAGUUAAAUUAUGUGAAAUACCUCCUCCUGAUAAUAAUUUAAUGCUCACUACAAUUGAAGGAGUUCAUAAAAAUUUAUUUGAAAGUGAAUCCAUCAUUAAUGGUACAUAAAGAAUGAUGCUCAGAAGUUAAACUACCUACUACUUUAUAUUAGAAGGAACUCCUUAAUACAAUACAUAAGAAGGCACCUUUGAGUUGGAUUUCUUAAUCAAUUAAGAAUUUACUUUUACAUAAUUAGAGAAUGUAGAGCCUGCUCGUUUUUAUGAUAAAUAUGUUCCAACUAAAUAUGGUACUAUUUUUAGGGAAAGAAUAUUUGCCAAUGAAGCAUAAGCUAGCAUUUAUGUUAGAUUAACAGAAGGACAAUAAGCUUAAUAAUAAUAAUAAGUAGCAAAAGGUAAAUAAACAAAAGGAGGAGCUUAAGAAUUAGAAAUAGUUGAAUCUGAAAUGAAAGGAGAAAGACUUAUUCGUUUAGAAUUAUAUCAUGGAGAUGAUUUGAUUGUAUAUAACUAUGGAAUUAAUUCAGUCACACUCUCAAAUAUUACAUUACCUAAAGAUGAAAAUUAUGUAAUUUAAGCAUCCUUUGAUCUUAGAGAAUGGCCAGAAGCUAAAAUUAAAUCAGAAGAGACUGAUAAUUUAUAUUGGUUCACUACUAUAUUUGCAUCAGAUACUGUUGCACUUGUAAGAGAUACAACAAAAGAAGAUAAAGAAAAAGCUAUAAAAAAAUCUUGGGAAGACAAAGAACCAGGAAGGGCUGCUAAUGCUAAAAAAUCUCGAACUAAAUAUUUAAUAACAUUAAAAGAAGAAUUAACACCUGAAGAAUAAGCAAUUGUAAAUGCACCUAGAAUGACUAAAAAGUAAAGAGAAGAAGAAGCUAAGUAAGCAGCUUAAAAAAAAGGUCCAAAAAAAGAUGAUAAAAAAGUGGGUAAAUAGACUAAAGUUGAGGCACCUGUAGAUAUAGUUCCUUAAUAAAGAUAAAUACCUAAAUCAGAAAAUCAUGUUAAUGAAGCAAUUACUUAAUUUUUAUAGCAUUUAGAAUAAGAUAGAAUAAUGGAUCAUUAUGCUAGACAUGCUGGAUUAAUUAAUGUCAGAAGUGAUGUAUAAAAAAGAGAAAUUUUAGAAGGAAUUUUGAUGGGCAAAGAAGAAAUAUCUGGAAUUAUCUAAAGAAAUCUUAAAAUGAGAGAGGAAAUUAAGCUUUUAUAAAAGUAUUUAUUAAAUAUAACAAUUAUAGAGAUAAUAAAGAAAUCUUAAUUAAUGAAUUCUAAUCUUAUAGAUCAUCAUACAAAUAAGAACUUGCAGAAAUAUAUUAAUAAAGAGAUUCUAUUAAAUAAGAUCUAACAUAAUUAAUGAAAAAAGAACAAUAAUUAUUUGAUGUAAUUUUUUCAUUUAUAAUAAUAGUUAUGUAAAUAAGAAAAAGUAGGAAAUCCAGAGGAUGUUGAAAAAUUAAUUGCUGAUCCUUCUCAAUUAGAUCCUAUUCUAGUGAGUGCUGCAAAAUAAGUAAUCAAUAAUUGGAAGAUAGCAAUUAUUCAAGAAAAAAUUAAUACAGCCCUUUAAAAUUUUGAUAUUGAUACAUUAUAGAAAUGUGUUGAUCAAAUUUAAUAAUUAAAUAUUGAAGGAAUAGAUACAAGUGCUGCAGAUGAUAUGCUUGAUGAGGCUUCAGGUAAUCCAAACUUUUAGGCAGAAAAAUUGGCAGAACUUAAAAAAUAAGGUAAAAAACCAAAUAAAAAAUGA